AUGGCCUCUAAGUCUUCACGUGAAAGGAAGAGUCGCACCUCUCUCACGUUAAGUCAAAAGCUAGAAAUGAUAAAGCUUAGUGAGGAAGGCAUGUCAAAAGCUGAGAUAGGCCGAAAGCUAGGCCUCUUGCGCCAAACAGUUAGCCAAGUUGUGAAUGCAAAGGAAAAGUUCUUGAAGGAAAUUAAAAGUGCUACUCCAGGGAACACACGAAUGAUAAGAAAGCAAAACAGCCUUAUUGCCGAUAUGGAGAAAGUUUUAGUGGUCUGGAUAGAAAAUCAAACCAGACACAACAUUCCCUUAAGCCAAAGCCUAAUCCAGAGCAAGGCCCUAACUCUUUUCAAUUCUAUGAAGGCUGAGAGAGGUGAGGCAGCUGCAGAAGAAAAGUUUGUAGCUAGCAGAGGUUGGUUCAUGAGGUUUAAGGAAAGAAGCCAUCUCCAUAAUAUAAAAUUACAAGGUGAAGCAGCGAGUGCUGUCGUAGAAGCCGCCCCAGGUUAUCCCGAAGACCUAGCUAAGGUAAUUGAUGAAGGUGGAUAUGCUAAAGAACAGAUUUUCAAUGUAGGUGAAACAGCCUUAUAUUGGAAGAAGAUGCCUGGCUUCAAAGCUUCAAAUGACAGGCUGACUCUCUUGUUAGGGGCUAAUGCAGCUGGUGACUUUAAGUUGAAGCCAAUGCUUAUUUACCAUUCCAAAAAUCCUAGGGCCCUUAAGAAUCAUGCUAAAUCUACUCUGCCUGUGCUUUAUAAAUGGAACAACAAAGCCUGGAUGACACCACAUCUGUUUAAAACAUGGUUUAUUGAAUAUUUUAAGCCCACUGUUGAGACCUACUGCUCAGAAAAAAAGAUUCCUUUCAAAAUACUACUGAUCAUUGACAGUGCUCCUGGCCACCCAAGAGCUCUGAUGGAGAUGUACAAGGAGAUUAAUGUUGUUUUCAUGCCUGCUAACACAACAUCCAUUCUGCAACCCAUGGAUCAAGGAGUAAUUUCAACUUUCAAGUCUUAUUAUUUAAGAAAUACAUUUCAUAAGGCUAUAGCUGCCAUGGGUAGUGAUUCCUCUGAUGGAUCUGGGCAAAGUAAGUUGAAAACCUUCUGGAAAGGGUUCACCAUUCUAGAUGCCAUUAAGAACAUUUGUGAUUCAUGGGAGGAGGUCAAAAUAUCAACAUUAACAGGAGUUUGGAAGAAGUUGAUUCCAGCCCUUGUGGAUAACUUUGACGGGUUCAAGACUUCAGUGGAGGAAGUAACUGCAAAUGUGGUGGAAAUAGCAAGAGAACUUGAAUUAGAAGUGGAGCCUGAAGAUGUGACUGAAUUGCUGCAAUCUCCUGAUAAAACUUCAACAGAUGAGGAGUUGCAUCUUAUGGAUGAGCAAAGAAAGUGGUUUCCUGGCAUGGAAUCUACUCCUGGUGAAGAUACUGUGAACAUUGUUGAAAUGACAACAGAGGAUUUAGAAUAUUACAUAAACUUAGUUGAUAAAGCAGCAGCAGGGUUUGAGAGGAUUGACUCCAAUUUUGAAAGAAGUUCUACUGUGAGUAAAAUGCUAUCAAACAGCAUUGCAUGCUACAGAGAAAUCUUUCGUGAAAGGAAGAAUCAAUCAAUGCAGCCAACUUCAUUGUUGUCUUAUUUUAAGAAGCUGCCACAGCCACCCCAACCUUCAGCAGCCACCACCCUGGUCAGUCAGCAGCCAUCAACAUCGAGGCAAGACCCUCCACCAGCAAAAAGAUUACGACUCCCUGAAGGCUCAGAUGAUAGUUAG